AUGCCGAGGACUAAGUUUCUCUGCGAUGUUUUGGACGAGUCAUUUUAUCAGACUUCGUACAGAGAUCGUCGAAAUAGUGCUUCAAAUCGCGAGAUUAAUAAGGACCUUCUAAAAUCAACGACACUCUAUGUGGGUAAUUUAUCCUUUUUCACCCGUGAAGAGCAAAUCUGGGAGUUGUUUAGCAGGGCUGGUGAGGUACGUAGGGUAAUAAUGGGUCUACAUCGACUUGAUAAAACUCCAUGUGGCUUUUGUUUUGUGGAAUAUGACGAUAGAGAAGGCGCUGAAAUGGCCAUGCGCUAUAUUAAUCACUGUCGUCUCGACGAUCGUAUUAUUCGAACCGAUUGGGAUGCAGGAUUUGUUGAAGGUCGGCAGUACGGUCGCGGAAAGAGCGGUGGUCAGGUUCGUGACGAAUUUCGCAAAGAUUUUGAUGCAGAUAGAGGUGGAUAUGGCAAAAUUGUUGAGAGGAUGAUGCAGGACUAA